AUUUUCAUAAAAUUUUUUAGUUUACCAAUAUUAUGGUCGCAGUCAACAAAAAUUCGACAUUCAAGGCGGAUUGGCUUCGAAGGGCAAAUCGUAUCAAAAUUACUUGCUGACUACGACCCGUUCACGCGGCCACCAGUCAGAGGUACUGCUGAACAUUCAUCGAUUAUCGUUAUCUUAUCAAUAUUCAUCGAUCGUAUUAUAUGGCAUAAUCAUCACGCUGAAGUGAAUUUAUAUUUACGACAACAAUGGGAAGAUGGACGAUUGGUUUACGAAGUGGAUUCAAGAGAGGAAAUUGAUGAGGUUGUUAUACCGGCAAAUAAACGAAUAUGGACACCGGACACAUAUUUCUCAAAUGCUGAUGAUAAGCGCUACAGUGAACGAAGGCGAAUUGUCGUUGAGCCGACUGGCUUUAUUCGAUCUUCUGAAAUGCGAACCGUAACCGUUCCUUUCGAAUAUGGCGAUAAAUUUCCACUAGAUAACGCAAGAAAACUAAAAUUACGAAUUUCUAACAAUUAUCCCAUCGAAGAUAUAGUUUAUUUAUGGGCAAAUUCACCACCAGUGAUUGUGCCCGUCGAAGUUUCAAGUGAAUUACAAGAAGAUGAAUUUCGAUUUCAGUCGGCAGUUGCCGAUGAUUGCGUUGGAAAUUAUACAGUUGGUGUUUAUUCUUGUAUUGAUGUUGUUGUGACAUUCGGUGGAUCCUCGAGCCAAGCAUUGAUCGGAUUAUUUCUACCAUCAGUCUUUUUGAUUUUUAUGUCAUGGUUGCAUUUUUGGAUUCAUGGCUCGUGGUCUGUCCCAAGGACAGUUAGUGCUGCUGUACCAUUUCUGAUUUUUAUUUUCUAUCCACAACCGUAUUUGGCAACAAAAGGUAUUGGUGCAAUACAGACAUGGUUAAUAUUUUGUAUUCUCAUAACAUUUGCUUCAUUCGUCGAAUAUUUCGUUGUUAUUUGUGCUGGAAUUCGACGGACAAUUCGUUAUAAGGAAGAACGACAAAACGACGAAUCACCGCUAACUGCCGUGAUAGAAACUUCGUACGACUCGAAAUGCGCAAAUUUCCAGUAUCGUAAUGGCUUCGAUAUGUUAUCGCGUUUCGCUUUUCCACUAAUAUUUCUCGUUUUUCUCAUUAUAUAUUUUGUAAUUUAUUUUAUUUAA